UGUCCAGAGUAACGGUAGCCUGCUCGGAGCCAUCAAUUGUCUGAACUGACGUUUGUUUGAGUCCAACAGUGGUUAGUAACGGGGGUCCCACCCGUUGUUCGGGCUAAUCCUGUAACUGCUAGCCGGCUAUCAUGUCUUCAAAUGGAGUUUCGAGUUAAAAGAUGAUCGCUUCACUCUCAAGAGGAAGUUUGCUGGAUGAAGUUCUUCAUGGGGGCUACAAUGAGCAGCAGCUGGCAGCAUACGUUUCCUGGGUGAACUCUCAGCUGAAGAGGAAGCCAGACCUACAUCCCAUUGCAGACCUCAGGCGUGAUCUGCAGGAUGGCGUUGUGCUUGUGCAACUGAUAGAGAUUGUCGCCGGUGAGGUUCUGCAGGGAGUCUGCCUACCUCCACUGAACAAAGAGGAAAGCAGAAAGAAUGUGGAGGAAGUCUUGAAGUUCAUUUCCUCUAGAAACAUACGCAUGCUACACAUAUCCGCAAAAGACAUCAUCGAUGGUAACCUGAAGUCUAUAAUGAGGAUUAUUCUGGCUCUGGCAGCCCAUUUCAAACCCUCAGCCAGUCAGAGGGCCGCAUCUGGAAGUGGGAGGAGCUUAACUAGAGGCAACACAAGCCACAAUCCUCUCUCCACGGUCGCUUUGGCUCAAGGGGCCGCUGCUGCUCUGGCAUCUGCUCGCCUAGACGCCUCACUGCCAACGCGUUUCGCACACAUCAACAGUAGCUGGGGGUCAGAUGGAGAACGGAGCGUUUGUGUCCGAGCACUGGUCCAGCAGUAUGAAAGAGGAGUUACAGAUGAGCAGGAGAACCCUCAUCUUAGCAGCCUCAGCUCCGUCGCGCCACUGUCGUCACCAAGAAGUCAGCCGGGCAGCACCUCGGACCGACAGCCGUAUGACAGCCAGCAGCAGGAGCAGGACGGCAGCGUGGAGUCUUCUAAUGUUGUAGUACAGAUGGCAUUGGAGGAUUCUCUCAGUGAAACCUUGGAGAAGGAGGUGCUAGAAACACGGAAGAUGGUGUCUGCUUUACAGGCUCUGUUGCUGCAUGGCUCUUUCCCUGAGGAUGAACAGGAUGUGUCUUUGACGUUGGAGCCAGUCAAUGCCAAGCAACAGCUGGUAGUUACUCGCAGCCGUUUGGAUCAGAGCAUGGAGGAGGUCGCAGAGCUAAAGAGAGAGCUGUUGCUUUGUAAGCAGGAGAUCAGAAACCUGCAGGCAGUUAAGGAGGCCCAGCAACAGAGGCUGUGCGCUCAGGAAGCAUCUAUACUGCAGAUGAAGCAGGAGCUUCUCCGAGCUAGCAUGACAAAAGACGAGCUCAACAACCAGAAAGCAGAACUCAAGUGGAAGCUUGAGGAAUGCAGCAGGCUGUGGGGUGAAUGCAAGAAAGACGUCGGGCAGAAGGACAGAUUACUCCAACAGCUCAAACACAAACUGGAAGAAAGCCAGAAACUCCAGGCUGAUGCUCAAAGAGAGCUGGAGCAUAAACGGAGAAUGCUGCAGGAGCUAAUGAGUAGAAAUCUGCAAGAGAUCCCGGCCAGCGCAGAAAACAAUGGAUAUUCUUAUUCUGGAAACUCAACCCCUUCUGUGUCAGGUCAGGCAGAGGAGGUCCAGCUGCUCAGAGACGCACUGUGGAGUCUGCGGAACAGCUUCAGAGACCACGACCCGCAGCACCAUACACUGGACACCCUGGAGCAGGGAAUAGUAUCACUCUUUGACAGACUGCAUGUUGUUCAUACUCACAGGGGAAGAGGAAAAUCUCCAAAACGGAAAGGUCAGCACACAGAUUUGGACUCUUGGACUUCCUUACAGAAUUGUCAGUCGCACAACGGUUCUCCUUCCUCUACAAAAAUCCUUUACUUCACUGGAAAAUCCCCAACACCCUCUAUGAUUAAUAUACCCAAGAGGCUGGGUGAAGUAACUCUGAAGGAUGUUAAGGCGGCUGUUGACCGAGAGGGGAACUACAGGUACCAUUUCAAGGCUCUAGACCCAGAGUUUGGCACUGUGAAAGAGGAGGUGUUCCUAGAUGGAGCAAUUGUUCCAGGCUGGGAAGGCAAAAUAGUGGCCUGGCUGGAAGAGGACCAUGGGGAGGAGAGACCUUUGUAGAUUCAAGCGGAGCAGCUACAAAGUUAUCCCCUUUGUCAAAAUGAUUCAAGAGACAUCAAGCUGUUUAGGAACAGCUGCACAGCACUGGAGGGUUAGGACGGAUUAGCACAAUACUGUAAGAACAGAGACAUUUUGGGUUACUGAACAGGAACGGGACAUCUCUGCAGUCUGAGGAAAUGUCUCACACCAAGGAAAUCAUAAACCUUUGUGCCUUACAAAGGAAGCUGUUUCUAUCAUGUUUGUUAUACUGCUAUAUUGUGAAACAAUAGUCAGGAAAAUUAUUUUGGAUUAACUGGAUUAGAAACUAAUGUAUUGAGGGUUUAUAUGUAGUAUUAAGGAAAAGACAGAUAUUUUGAGUUUUUAGAAAGUGUUCACCCGAUCUCCUGUGCACCAGUGAGGCCUUCAAAACACACAUUACCCAGUUAGUUUUCAUAGUUAUUUAAGCAGCUAUAUGGGUUUGUGUGUAAAGACUAUAAAGAUAUUUCUUUUUCAUUAUAAACUCAUUUGAGACUGAACAAGUCUAUUAGAAACAAAGGGUUGUUGUAUGCAACUGCUUGGAAGACAGAGGAGGUAGGGUUAGACAGGAUAUUAGUUGGUAGGAAUUUACUACUUUUUUUUUUUUUAUCCUACCUGUUGGAGAAGACCGACCCAACUUGGACACUUUUUUAACUUUUGCAUCCUAUCUGAUGGUAGCAGAAAACAACACCUGCAGAGAACAGUUGCGGUUGCAUGAAGAAAAAAGCCUUAAUGUAUUUUAGACUAAGUGGAACCUGAAUCCAGAGGUGGGUUUUGUUUUUGUGAGGGUCUUUAACAGCCCAGUAUGUAUUGGAAAAGGCUCAAACUCACUGUCAUUGGAUAGAUACAGAUUAAUAUGUCCAUGUAGAAAUGUAGACAAACGGCACUCUUCCCACUCCUAUCUCCAUUUUUUUGUUGUUCACUGUUUUGCUUGAUAUUUUAAAAAAAGAAAUCAUAUUUAUGUUCUGGAUUUGUUUGUUUAAUGAGAUUUUUUUUUUAAGUUAAAAUGCCUUUCCUAAACCUCAUUUUGUAAUUGUUAGUUUGGAGGAAACUUCUGUUCUCAUAGUUAACCAUUAUAUUAUUUAUGCUGUUUAUUUCUCUGUAUGCAGGUUUGCAUAUUUGUGGGAAAUUCUGACUGUCUUUUUACUAACCAGCCAACAGAAACAAAGUCAGUUUUGUGAAUAGAUUGUAUUUAAAUGCCAUGACUGCAUGUACCGAAAAAAUGUACAAUUUUCUGGUGUGAUGUUUAUUUACCAUUUGUUUAAGGUUUUUGCCAAGUAUGGAUAUUGUAUGUUUGGGGAGGAAAGGCCUUUGUUGAAUGUUUGAUAUUUUGAAAUAAAUUUUUUGUGUGCCACUUUU